AUGGGCGCUCCUGAACAGGCAGCUACGACACGCAGCCCGUCAGACCCCGCACCAUCCAAGGCCUUGACGGUUAGCCGUCGGCUCACGAGUCUGGAAGGAAUGCCAAGGGCGUUCAAGGGUGAGCGCAGCGCGUCCUGCCCCGAACGCUUCGCCCAGUCCUCCUCGAGUAUUUCCUUCGAGAGCGAGGCCUUCCGCCUCCAGACCGAGGCAAGAAUCGCCCAACUCAUCCGCACUGCCAACUCGCCCAUGAGCUCGACCUCCAACGCCCUACUAGCCCAGAAGGCGCUCAAGUAUCGCCACUUGGACGUAUGA